UUUAACCCUCAAAAACUCACAUUAUUUUCUUGAUUCUUCUCCUUCACCGUCUCUGCUCUUCGCUAUACUUUGAUCUCCUCUCUUCUGCAUCAAUUCUCCAUUUCAGGUUUUUUUUAUCAAGGAGUUGUCCGGUCAUGGGGGAUUUUAGUAUCCAGAUCAGCAGCAACCUGGUUAAUAGUCUCGCCGGUGAGGCUGAGAAGUCGAAGAAGAAGACUAAAAGAACGAGAGCUAACCUACCGCGGGAGCCUCAACCUCAACGACCCCAAACUAAAACAAAUCAGAAGCAGGUUUCUAAUGAUUUUGCAAAACACAAGGGACCAGCUGCUACUGGUUGGCCACUUCAGCCUCCGGUGUUCUUGCCGGUAACCCCUCCGGCACAGUCAGCCAGUGCAGAGUUAGAAGCAAUCCGAGCGGUUCUUCAAGAGAGCGAGAGGGUCGUGGAGAAGUUGCAGAAGCAGGAAGAGAACAUGGUGCAGGAGGUAACACAAAGAGCAAAGGAGCUUCGUGAAAAGGAGUUCAAGCUUCCCUACCAGAAGCCUUUGCCCUGCGUAGCUGAGAAUGAGGCUUGCCUGGCUUGCUACAAGGAGCAUCUCAAGGAUCCCCUGAAAUGCGCUGAUCUUGUUCGAAAUUUUGCAGAUUGCGCUCGAAGAGUAAGGCAGCAAGUGAGCUCGGCGCAAUAGUUUUUUUUAGCGAGAGAAUUUUGGUUUACAAACUGAGUGCAAGCUGUUUCUACAAAAUACUUGCUGUGGAAAAUAAACCAUGACAUUGAUUGGCAUUUCCAUCAUUGGGAGUGCUUCUUGUGAUCUCAUAUUGUUGUUUACACAUUGUUUAAUACAUGAGUUUUUUGGCUCUCUAAA